GCGGAUGCGUAGACGUUUAGGGGAACCCUUACAGGAUCUAUGUAGAACCUUACAGCUGUGUUUUCCUAUCACAGGGAAUUCCAGUUAGGAAGCUUGCCACGUCAGAUGUCUUAUUCAGAACACACCCAUUCUGUGUAAGUGGGAAAGAAAUUAACCUGCUGAAAUAUUUUAAUUAACGAUGCUGCAAAAUAAUUCAAAGAAAUAAAUCUCCGCAUCUCUGAAAUGUUCUUCCAAAUACAACUAAAGAUGAUUAACAUUAUUUCCUGCACCGCUUUCAGCACAUAUUGUAUUGAUAUGUAAAUCUUUGCAGCUCCUCGAACAAAGAGUUAACCACCCCCCUGUCCCCUCCCGCCAUCCUCUCAGCCAAUCAGAGCGCUGCACACCUCUCAGCCAAUCAGCGCGCAGGGAGGUGAUGUAAUGCUUUAAAGAGCAGAAGUGGUGCUGAUGCUGCGCCGUCAAACAGCAGCAGAGAGACGAGACAAAGCACACAGACACACAGAUAUCACACCGAAGAGCGGAGGUUCAGUGCAGACUCACCCUCAGAGACAAAACAAUGACUCUCACAGCUUACAGAGAGAAGAUGAAGGAGCUCCCCCUGGUGGCCUACUUCUGCUCCUGCAUCCUUGCAGAGUCUAAAGAGAAAACCACCAAAAAAACCCACCAAGGUGUGGUGGAUCUGAACUUGUGCCUUAUCAAAGACAUGGAGGUAAUCGAGCUGAACAAGCGUUCCUCGGGUCAAGCCUUCGAGGUCAUCCUGAGGCCACCAUCAUUUGACGGCCAGAGAGAGUUUAAUCCCACCAUCCCGCCCCGCAGAGACCCCUCGCUGGAGGAGAUCCAGAAAAAGCUGGACGCAGCAGAGGAGAGGAGGAAGGGUCAGGAGGCCGAACUUCUGAAACAUUUGGCUGAAAAGCGAGAGCACGAGCGUGAAGUGGCUCAGAAAGCCGCAGUGGAACACAACAACUUCAUCAAAAUGGCCAAAGAGAAGUUGGAGCAGAGGAUGGAGAUCAACAAGGAGAACAGAGAAGCUUACAUCGCUGCCAUGCUCGAGCGUCUGCAGGAGAAGGAGAAGCACGCUGAGGAGGUGCCUUGAGGUCUUCUGAACAUUUUGGGAUCCCGAUCUGACCAAAGGACUGAAUACGAUAAAGCCGUGAGCUUUAUUAGCUUUUUGGGGAAAACAAACAAUCACAAAAAAAAAGCGAAAAUCACAGAACGUUUGUGACGUUGUUACUACGGUUACGAUGGCUUUUGUGCGGCCGUUUUUUUGCGAGACGAGACACAGAGUGACUGGUUUUCCAGCAGAGUCGGACACAGGAGCAGCGCUAAUUUAAUACGAGGAGCCAACUGUGCCAAAACUGAGUGUGUGUGUGUGUGUGUUUUUGGACAUUCUUGUGCCUGUUUUGUUAAAACGAGACCUCGAAUCCUCUUGUUUGCUGUGAAUAUGUUCCAAUGCCUCCAUGAUCAGCUGGUUUCUGAUUUGGCUGUUCGAUUUUGCUGUACAGAAAUUGUAAUAUAUUUUAGAUGCGAAGGGCAUUAAAGAACUGCUGUGUGCUACGGCUUCAGUUUUUUUUUUUUUUAAUUCACUCAGCCCUGUGAUGGUGCUCUCACCAUUUACUACUGUUUCUGAACAGGCCACGCCCACAAAAGACAAACUAUGUGUGAUUGAUCACUCGCUGGUGUGAACGCAGUGUUAAUUAUUCAGGAAUUACCUGAUGUACAGGCUUGACUUUAAAACUUCUUCUUGUCACUGAGAUCAGAGAAGAAAAAAAAUCACGAUUGCAAAUCCACGUAGAGUCAGUCUUUACAGUAAAAAGAAAAGAUACUCUGUAUUUUGUUUACGUGCGUUUAUAUUCCUAUUUCUUCACUGUUCACUUUUCAAGGUAAAACUUAGUCAAACAGCAGGUCCACAGCUUUCAAACCAAACAUUCUGACCAUAUUAUAAUUCAGUCCACCAAUCAGCAGGAGUGCGCGCGAGCGUGUGUGUGUGUGUGUGUGUGUUAUCAACUGAUUCCUGCUGCUGGAAAUGAUAUAUAAA